UUGUAUUGAAAACUUCCCAUUAAUUAACAAGACGAAAGGCGCAUUCUUCCUAUUGGUCAAAGACAAAAUUAAAAUCGAUAAUGAGGAAGAACAUGACAAAUUUGAUGACAAGGAAGAACAUGACAAAUUUGACGAUGAGGAAGUACAUGACAAAUUUAAUGACACGAAAGGCAAAUUUGAAAAAAGAUAUCCUAAUGCUUUUAACGUGCUGCACUUGAGCAAUCUGAAUAUUAUUAGUAAAUUUCCUACAAUCAGAAAUAAAGUGAAAGCAGUAAUCAAUUAUAUCGCGAAAAUUGAAAGGAUAGAGGUUUUGAGUGAUCUCACAGGGAUGAAAGGAAUUAAAAGUAAAACCAUCGAAAAUAUAAUUAGGUUACUUCCAAAGUUCGAAAAUAAAUUGCAGAAAUUACAGGAACUAGAAAACAAGAUGAAAGGCAGAUUUAAAAAAAAUAUCCUUAUGCUUUUAACGUGCUGCACUCGAGCAAUCCAAAUAUCAUUAGUGAAUUUCCUAGAAUUGGAAAUAAAGCGAAAGCAGUAA